AUGUCGAUCAAUAACAGCAGAAUGCGUAUCGGCCAAUACCAUAUUAUCAAAACCAUUGGCACAGGCUCAUUCGGCAAAGUCAAACUUGCCGUUCACGCAAUUACAGGACAAAAAGUCGCUCUCAAAAUUAUCAACCGAAAGAAGAUCGCUAGCUUGGAUAUGGGCGGCAGAGUCAAACGUGAAAUUCAAUACCUAAAGCUGUUACGACAUCCCCAUAUUAUCAAGCUAUAUGAAGUUAUUACCACUCCAACAGAUAUAAUCAUGGUUAUUGAAUAUGCAGGCAAAGAACUGUUCAACUAUAUUGUGGAGAAAGGAAAGAUGGCAGAAGACGAUGCUCGACGAUUUUUUCAACAAAUCAUAUGCGCUGUCGAAUACUGUCACCGUCAUAAAAUCGUUCACAGAGAUCUAAAACCAGAAAAUCUGCUGCUAGAUAGCAAUAACAACGUAAAAAUCGCCGACUUUGGUUUAUCGAAUAUCAUGACGGAUGGUGACUUUCUGAAAACAAGUUGUGGCAGUCCAAACUAUGCAGCUCCUGAAGUGAUUUCUGGAAAAUUAUAUGCAGGACCCGAAGUCGACGUUUGGAGUUGCGGUGUUAUCCUCUAUGUCAUGCUGUGCGGCCGUUUGCCCUUUGACGACGAAUAUAUUCCGACACUGUUCAAAAAAAUCAAUGGUGGCAUCUAUACCAUGCCGUCCUUUUUAAGCCCUGAAACAAAAUAUCUUUUAACCUCCAUGCUUGUCGUCGAUCCUAUGAAACGCAUCAGUAUACAAGAAAUAAGACAAAAUCCAUGGUUCAACACAAAUUUGCCGGCAUACCUUCGCCCAUUACCAAAUACAGAAGCAGACAGUUGCCUACCUAUUGAUGAUGAUAUUAUUGACGAGUUAAGCAAGAAAAUGAACUAUCCUAGCGAAGUCAUCCACAGAGCUCUACAAGAACCUGAGAAUAAUCAAUUUAAAGUUGCCUAUCAAUUGGUCAUUGAUCAUAAGAGACUAUUAAGGGAUUCUGAAAACAACGAUAUCCAAAGCUUUUUUGCGACAUCGCCACCGCCUUGGAAUUCCACUUUUGAGGAUCGAGUGCAAUCAAUCCAUCAAGAGCCAACAGAUGAUUCGCACAAUGAUAUUGCAUCCUCCAUUAAUGUUCUCAGCUCUAGUUUACCAAACUCCGAUAUUCAUGUACCAGCAGGCCGUGAACGAUCAUCUUCCCGAGCGUCCGCAUCGAAUGCUCAACCGAUAGCCCCUAUGUCAAGCACACCACCACCGGGAGCCAUGGUUCCACCUGCGUCUCUGAACCGCGGCAACUCUACCAGUAGCCGAUCGGGUCAUCCACGACAUCUUUCUACGACCUCGGCAACUCAGAAACGACCAUCGAAAUCACGCACAAAAUGGCACUUUGGUAUUCGAAGCAAAUGUCCGGCAUGGGAAGUGAUGCUGGAAAUCUACCGAUCAUUACAAAACGUUGGCAUGGAGUGGAGAAAUAUUGACAUGUACCAUUUAAGGUGCCGUUACCGCUAUGAAAGACUAAACCUUGUCGUGAAGUUCGACCUUCAACUGUACAAACUCGAUAACAACAGCUACCUGGUGGAUUUCAAGAGCGUUGAAUCAUCCAAAUCAGGAACUGGCGCAGGCAAUCUUGGACAUCCUCCGUUUUCUUCGCUGGAAGAAAGUAUGAAACGCAAUCUUCAGUCUCUGGAACAGUUGCAGUUUUCUGAUCAGAAGGACGGUACAAUUCGUCUGGGAGACUGGAUAGUGGAUGAAAAGAACACAAUAGAACAUACUCCGAGCGUGUACCCGUUUCUCGAUGUUUGCAGCAAGUUGAUUACUGACAUUGUGUAA